AUGUCACUUACUGACCGGGUUCCACCAGAGCCAGCACCGAACUUUGAAAAGUUUACGCCUUCAGGUGUGCUGGAGGAAGUGUCCUCAUUUAUCGAAAGAUUUGCAGCAUGCCAGGAUUUACUGGUCAAAACCAUCACGCCAGCAUGCGCUACAUUUGCAAACGUAAUUCGGCCCUUGAUCGACGAAACCAACCGUGCAGCAUGUCGCUUGCGGAUUCUGGGAACGUUGAUGGUCUCAGUGUGGCCCGACCAGGAAUUGCGUGAGGCCUCACGUGAAGCCCAGAAACUGAUCUUAGCAGCAGAGACGGAAACGUUCAUGCGCCGUGAUGUCGCGACUCUUGUCGCAGCUGUCUAUGACCGCUCGCUGGGUGCUGUUGCCGGGAACACGGAGCCCAUACUUGAUGCGGAAGAUCACUAUCUUCUCAAUCGCAUGCAUAACGAGUACCAGAUCUCCGGGGCCAAUGUUAAGAAUGGUGAUCAACGUGCUCGGCUCCAGGUUGCGACCUCUGAGCUCAAUGAACUGCGGUUAGCAGCCCAGAAGGCCAUCACAGAGGUGGACGAUGGCAUAUGGUUCCCACGCUCGGAACUGCGUGGUCUACCAGAUACAGCACUCUUUGCGCUCGGGAAAAUCAAAGAUAAGAUUCAAGACGAAGAUAAAGCUGAUGAUCAGAUAUGGGUGCCAUUCCGGAACGUUCCAGGAGUCCAUAUUUUGGGAGAUGCGACGAUGGGGGCUACAAGACACAAGUAUCAUAUCGCGUCCCAGCGCCGGUUUCCUGACAAUGUUCGUCGUUUAGAACGAAUUGUGGUCCUUCGACAAGAAAUCGCGGAACUCCUUGAUUUCGAUAACUGGGCUUCACUGAGAAUGGAAGAAAAGAUGGCCGAAAGUGUUAGUGACGUUGAACUGCGUUUGGAAGAGAUCAGAAACUUGAUGCAACCAUUCAGAACCAGAGAGAUCGAGAGGCUGCUUCGAUUCAAGAAAGAAGACAUCAGUAGCCGAGGGGACCUAUCUAAUCUUACCAAAAUGGACGAUACAUCUGUAUUAUACGCAUGGGACUGGGGUUACUACGCUACAAAACUUCGACAGGAGACGUAUUCAUAUGAUGGAACGAGAUUGAGCGAAUACUUUGAGGUGGGAAACACCGUUAUAGUCAUGCUUCAGAUCUUCCAAUGUCUUUUUGGCAUGAAAUUCGUGCCGCAUACGACUAGCACUUGGCACGAAAGCGUACGCGCUUAUACUGUAUGGGACAGUCCGGAUGAGGGAGACGGGUUCCUGGGUUUUCUGUUCAUCGAUCUGUUUGGUCGCGAUGGGAAAUAUCGCAACAUGCACCACAUUGCCAUCAGUCCGGGCUUUACGGAAGCGGAUGGUUCAAGACAUUAUCCUUCUUCAGCACUCAUAAUGAGUUUGCCUUCACAAAGAGGCACCGAGCCAAAUCUACUCUUACUGGGUCAGGUCCGCACUAUGUUCCACGAAUUGGGUCACGCUAUUCAUCAUCUUGUAUCAUUUACGAAGUACGCAAUCCCUCAUUCUAGAGACUUUGUGGAGGUUCCCAGCCUGAUGUUGGAACAUUGGAUCUGGAAUCGCGACGUUCUCACCACUCUCGGGAAGCAUUACAGCUGUAUUGAGCCAUUCCGAGCACCCCAACAUACUUCGAGCGACAAAGAGGACGGUAAGUUACCCGUCGACUUGAUAGAGGCUAUCGUCAGAACGAAGAUGUUAAACAAGGCGCAUGAUAUUCUGGUGGAGGUGCAAAGAGCAGUAUUUGACCUGGCGCUUCAUACACCGGCAGAUAUCGAAGCAGCAAAAGAGAUGGACACGACACUCUUAUGGAACACAACCCGACGCGAGAUCGUGGGGUUGCGCAUGGCCGGCGAGGAUGAUGGAUUGGUGAGUUUCGAACAAGCCGCUUUUGGGCACAUUUUCCGGAGGUACGACGCCGGCUUUUUUGCAUAUCCCUUGUCCAAGGUCUACGCAGCAGACCUCCAUGCCAGCGCUUUUGCUGCUGAUCCGCUCAACACUUCGACAGCUAGAAUGUAUAGGCGCACCGUCUUGCAACGGGGCUCAAGCCAGUCAGAGAUGGAGACUUUGGAAAAGUUUCUCGGCAGAAAGCCGAACUCGCAAGCCUUUUUCCGCGACGUCGCCAGUGCUUGGCCCGGGAAUGUGCGAGAGUAA